AUGGCGGCGUCCGUAAGAAAACUGAUUCUUCUCCCAAUAACACAGUAUUCUCGAAGGACGUCAUUGAGUUAUUUGAUGCUAGCAAGACAUUAUGCUGCUCCUGCGAAAAAAAUUGUUGGCAAAGUCAGUGCCCAGAGUGCCCAAAAGUCCAAGCUGCAAGUUGAGACUGAUCCAGAGAAACUGCUGAAGUACUGCUGUGGCGCUUGUAUUUAUGUGGAUGGCAAAGAUCCUGAAAUCAAGGCAGAUUCAGAGUAUCCUGACUGGCUGUGGACACUGCAUACAGAGCGUAGUCCUAGAGAUCUGUCAGAGCUUGACCCAAUGACACCUGAAUAUUGGGUUCAGAUUUCACGCUUUACAAAAAAUAGAAAUAAGAGAGUAUGGAAAAGACUUCAAAAGUUGAAGGAUAUUCAGUAUCCAGAUGACAAAAUUGGAGUUUCAUAA